AUGUCAGCAGCAGAAGUUAUUAAAUUAGUCGUUAUUGGUGAUGGUGCUGUAGGUAAAACUUGUUUAUUGAUUAGUUAUGCAAACAAUCGUUUCCCAGAAGAUUAUAUUCCAACUGUAUUCGAUAAUUAUGUUGUAAAUCUUACAGCAGGUGAUAGAAACAUAGAACUCGGACUUUGGGAUACUGCAGGUCAAGAAGAGUACGAUAAAUUAAGACCAUUAAGUUAUGCAAAUGCAAAUGUAUUUUUAAUUUGCUUCUCAAUUACCAAUCCAGUUUCAUUUGAAAAUGUUUACACAAAAUGGUACCCAGAAGUUAUGCAUUUUUGCCCAGAAGUUCCACAAAUUUUAGUUGGUACUAAAUUAGAUACACGUGACGAUAGAGGUGUUUUAGAUAAACUUCAACAAACUGGUCAUAAACCAAUUACAACCGAACAAGGUAACGAUUUAGCCAGAAGAAUUAAAGCCAUUAAAUAUAUGGAAUGUUCUGCCAAAACCUCACAAAAUCUCAAACAAGUCUUUGAUGAAGCCAUUAAAUCUGUUUUGUUUAUCAAAAAAAAGAAAUCCAAGUGUAUUGUUAUGUAA